AUGGUCCAAAACGAGAAGGGAAUAGCAUCCACACGCCACAAAGAGUCACAAUCACUGGCCCAGGACCUCAGAAGCACAGACCCAAAGACAAUACCCGAUUCCAACCUAAAGAGGGCAAAGCUACUGAUUCAGAUAGGGACCAAGAAACAGAAAGCCCAGAGGCAAACCACAGUGAGUUUCUACGAUGAUGAAGAUGAGGACGAAGACACCCCCGAGUUGCGGCCCAUAUUGCAGCCUGCAACUGCCAGUUUGCCCAAAUUCAUCAGGAAAAAGGAUCGUCUAGAUGACACCAAGAGACAGGUGAUUUUGACAAGAGAAGAAAUUGACAACGACACAGAUGGCCGCCCCGAGCCCAUAGUUUCGGAAAAUGAACUCCACGAGCACACAAAAUUUUGGGACUCGAAGUGCCUGGCUCGCCAGCUAGGCAGCAUUAAUGAGCACUUGGCAAAUUGGAAUUCCCUAACACCUAAUUUACCCAAUAAUAUCGACGUCAAGGAGCACCUUUCCGAGUAUGUUAAGCUGGUACAGUGGCUUCUUGCUAAUUUCGACGCAAUUAGUCUAAAGAGCGUUUUCGAGCGCCAGUUUGGUCACGAACGUGCUAUCAACAUGGCCAUGUUUCGGCUUUUCCUAUACUCAAUCGUGUACAAUCAAAGUAGCAGUUUUAUCAACAAGAACUUAGAAGUCUUCAUUGCGAUUUUGGAGAAGUUGACAAUAAUUUGUGGAAAUGAACUAUCCAAAGAACAAGAAAAAGAGUCCAUCCACCGUGCUACUGGCGGUAGCACUAUCAAGAGAACCAUCACCAAGGUCAAGAUUCCACCUGUGGUAAUCAAGCGUCUUCUUGCAGGAGACUAA